CGAUGACCUCCUUCAACUUCUCUACCUGGCCUCCACAGCUAACUCCAGAGCAAUUAGAAGCUCUGACGCUUUCUGCAACAACAUACGCACUCUCACACGGAUUGCUUUACCUUCCACCCUCCCAAUCACCAUCCAAUACCCAACCACGCAUACCAACCACCGCAAUCCAUGCCCCCCUCUCACUCAUUCCCGCGCCCUUCCCCCGUGCGCAAUUCCAGGCUGCAAGAGAGCUGCAGAGCGUAUAUAACGUGCUCUACGCACGCGUCGCGAUGGAUACCCAAUUCUUAGAUACAGUAAUGGGCGCCGAGGAGGGCGUAGGAAAGGCGGAUGAGUUUACUGGGACGUUAUGGAGGGGAUGGAAGAAGAUCAGGGAGCACGGCGCACUAGCACAACCGUUGCACCUUGGCUUGUUUAGAUCGGAUUAUCUGUUACAUGCUGCGGAAGACAGACUUGCACUGAAGCAGGUCGAGUUUAAUACUAUAUCUUCGUCCUUUGGUCCGCUUUCUGAGCGUGCGGCUGCUAUGCAUAGAAAUAUCCUGGCGUCCACCUCCUACUUUUCUGCAUCUCCACAUCUUACUGCAGACAAUUUUCCAGAGAACAGCACCACCUCUGGUCUCGUUGAAGGCCUUUCCAAGGCUCACGAAGCGUAUGGCGUUCGAGACGCGCGCAUCCUGUUCGUCGUGCAACCAAACGAACGCAACGUUUUCGACCAACAAUGGUUAGAGUAUGAAUUGCUAGAGAAACAUCAAAUCCACGUUAUCCGUCAAACACUCACCGACCUAGCCGUCUCUGCAUCCCUCGACCCCUCCACACAUGCACUCAUACUCACAUCCCCGACUAAUUCCUCACCACACGAAAUAUCCACGAUAUACUUCCGCGCAACUUACACCCCCUCCGACUUCCCAUCACCCUCCUACUACGACACGCGUUUCCUCCUAGAGCGUAGCCGCGCCAUCAAAUGUCCCUCUCUUCCCCUACAACUCGCAGGCGGGAAGAAAGUCCAAGAAGCACUCACGCGCCCCGGGGUACUCGAGCGCGCAAAAUGGGGCGCACGCGCUCUCGAUCUCACAGCACACGCAGCAGAUAUCCGGGCCACCUGGAUGGGCAUGUGGGCGCUCGACUCGGAAGAUGUUGAUAUCGUUGCUGCGCUUGAUCACUUCCCAGAUUCAGGACAAGCACAAGGAAGCGUACCGCCCGGAACACGUCUCGCGCGCCAUAAAGCCCCCUCGCUCGUGUUGAAGCCCCAGCCCAUUCCUGCGUUCCUAGAUGCUCUACCCGCUGAAGAGCGUGAAGCCUGGAUCGCAAUGGAGAUGAUCGAAACGCCACGCGGGGUAAGUGGUUACCUCGUACGCGCAUCUCCGUCGAGUUCGGGUAUCUCUGAGCUGGGUAUCUUUGGGUACGCAUUAUUUGGAGAGGGGGAGGUGGUGGAGAGGGAGGUAGGAUGGCUUGUGAGGACCAAGGGGACAGAGAGUAAUGAGGGCGGUGUUGCAGCUGGGUUUUCAGUGUUGGAUAGCGUGGUGCUUGUUUGA